AUGAUCGGUACCGCGUCUAUUCACAAGUUAGGCCACGGGACGUUUGCCACCAUCUGGCUGGCGCGUGAUCAGCGAAAAGCCGCCUACGUUGCCGUCAAGGUUGGGACAGCCGACGCACAGAAUCGCGAGGCCGAAAUUCUACGGGCUAUAGCAGACUCCACGGCAUCUAGCGCUGAUCCACGGUGGCGCGCCAUGAUCCCCAUCAUCCACGACGAAUUCGAGAUUCAAGGCCCCAACGGAAGGCAUCGAUGCCUAGUUACGUUGGUCUUGGCGGUUGCAUACACCCAUGGCCGAGGCUGUGGUCAUGGUGAUAUCCAUCUUGGAAAUGCUCUCAUUCGACUGCCAUCCAACUUUAAUCUGCUCUCUAUUGAUCAGCUAUAUGAAACCUUCGAAGCCCGUCUCCUCCUCAGCGACUUCGGUGAAUCCUUCUACCCUUCCCGGGAGAAGCGCACUGGACACGAGUGCCACGCACCUCGCCCCGUCAUGCCCCCCGAGGCGUAUUUUGAGCCCGACGAAGCCCUCUCGUUUCCCUCCGACAUAUGGACCCUGGCCUGCGCCAUAUGGUCUAUCCUGACACCGAGGGCCCUCUUCGACGCCACGCUUGCCACGGCCCACGAUAUCACCUCGCAGCAGGUGGAUAAAGUUGGCCCAUUGCCAGCUGACUGGUGGAAUCGCUUCGAGACAGAUGUGCAAAGGUACCGGCAACGAGAUAACAUGGGCGAGUUUUGCCAGGAUGAAACGGGGGCUAUAGUGGGAAUGCUGCGCUCAAUGCUGAAGUUCAAACCCGAGCAACGGGCCACAGCUAAGCAAGUUCUGGAGUCGGAAUGGAUGGUGAAAUGGGCGUUGCCAGAGUUUGAGAAUGUCCUAGAUGGAAGUUGA